AUGGGUGUGCAAACAGCUAUGUCAUCAACAUUACUAAAUUGGACUUCAAAUCGCGCAAUCGAUGGAAAAAUUGGUCCAAUAUCUGAGGUUUGCAAUUGCUGUAGCGGAACAAAGAAUUCCCAAUUGUCUUGGUGGACGGUAGAUUUAGGACAACGGUAUCCUAUCAGUAGCGUUACUGUGUACAGUAGAGACAAAGAGGGAAAAUAUAAACAACUUACAGAUUUCAAGCUUUAUUUUUCUAAUAAUACUGGACAAAGUUCAUAUCAACUGGUUGAAAAUACAACGAGGCGGAUAGAUGGAAAUGAACAUGUGCUAACUUUUUCAAAUCAGCUAACAAGAUAUAUUAAGAUCGAGAGACCAGGCAUCCUGACUUUGUGUGAAGUUUUGGUGACUGAAGGGGAAUGUGAGGUAGGAACAUUUGGCGAGGAAUGCUCCCAAAUUUGUCACUGUGCCGAUAAACGUGCAUGUGAUAAAAGAAAUGGAUAUUGUCAGUCAGAUGCAUGUAAAGUUGGUUGGAUUGGUACAUCGUGUAACAAAAAAUGCCCAAAGAACACUUUUGGAGACAAGUGUAGUGAGAGCUGUUUUUGUGCAGAUGGUACAUGUACUAACGACUAUGGGAUAUGUGAAAACGGUUGCCAAGACGGAUACACUGGUUUCCAUUGUAAUCAAGUUGGUGAAACCCACCAGGGAGAAAAGAAGAAGAAUUCAACAGCUCUCGUAGCAGGUGUUAUCAGUGGAUCAAUAAUUGUCCUGAUACUUAGCGCCUUAAUUGUUGUUGUUUUGAUAUUUAGAAAGAGAAAAAGUGAGAACAAUAAAAAUCACUACUCAACGCCAAAGUCUCGAGCUGCACAAGAUGAUCCAGAUUAUGACACUUUAGACGUACUCAAUGGUAAAAUUAUAUAUAUUGAUAUAUUUUGCGUAUGUUUUGCAUACAUCGUACAAUAAGAAAUGCAAGCUACUUUAAUCUCAUUCUUUGCUCUGUCAUUAAAAUUUCGAGAACGAUUUAGGUCAAUUUCUAAUUCCACUUAUUUAUAUUAAUAGACUAAGUUAUGUG